CAUUUGCAUCUUCAACAUUGCAAUCCUUUACUUCUAUACUCAAACAAUCUCUAAACUAUUCAAUGGCUCCCAAGGCAGAGAAGAAACCCGCCGAAAAGAAACCAACUGAGGAGAAGAAACCGAAGGCUGGAAAGAAGCUUCCGGCAAAGGAUGGGGUAGAUAAGAAGAAAAAGAAGGCCAAAAAGAGUGUUGAAACCUACAAGAUUUACAUAUUCAAGGUGCUCAAGCAAGUUCAUCCAGAUAUUGGGGUAUCUAGUAAGGCUAUGGGGAUUAUGAACAGUUUCAUUAAUGAUAUUUUUGAGAAAUUGGCUCAGGAAUCUUCAAGAUUGGCUAGGAUUAAUAAGAAGCCUACUAUAACAUCCAGGGAAAUUCAGACUGCGGUUAGAUUAGUGCUUCCUGGUGAAUUGGCUAAACAUGCUGUAUCUGAAGGGACUAAGGCAGUAACUAAGUUUACUAGUUCUUGAAAUUUUUAGGGUUAUUUUGGAAAAUUUGGGAAACAAGGUUAUGGUUAUGUUUGCAAAUUUGGGAAACUAGGGCUAGGUAUUAUCCAAUGUUUAGAAUUGACGAUAUUUCUGUUUUUCUAUAUUGUAACCUAAACUUUUGUUGGUAUAUCAAUGAACAGAAUCUACUUUUGGUA